CUUCCCUCACCCGACCUCAUGCAGUGUUCUCCCUCUCUUGUCUGUCUCUGUAUCUCGCUCUCGCUCUCGCUCUCGCUCUCGCUCUCUCUCUAUCUCUCUCCCUGUCUCGCUGUCUUCCCAGAUAACAUCUGUUGUUCAGCGGAGAGAAAACCCACGUCGCCGAAGACCACCGUUGUCAUGACGCCAGACCUGAUGCUCUGACAACCUCUGAACAACAGCGGCGGCGACCUCAUCCGGAUCGGUCGUGGGACGCUUUGCUCCAGCAGCUCUCCCAGAGGCUCUUGGAGGAUGUGACUUGGACCUGGUCUUGGAACUGGUCUCGGAUGCUAUGGACCUUCGGGUCAUCUGAUACCGGAUCACGCUGGCCCACCCUUGGACCCUGACCAUGGUGUUUUUCCUGAUCGGAACCACGAGUGCUUUAAAUUACUCCACGCAUGAGAACCAAACUACAGAGAACCCGACGCAGCAAGGGGCCCACGUGCUCCCAUCCACGCUGCUCUUAUCCCUGCUGCUCAUCAUCCUGGUUCUACUGUCCAUCUACUGUCUGAGGUUUAAAAACCAUCGCAAAGCUCUCGUCACGUCGGUGGAUAAGAAGAUUCCAAAUGGCUUCUUGGACGAACAAGGGGAGCAGACGGUGGUGCUCCUGCCCAGGUCCCCCUCCCCGUCCCGGAGGUACUUCCCGAUCCCCCUGGACUCCCUGGAGGAAGAGUACCGCGUCCGCUCGGCAGAUGACGGCAAGCUCUUCAGAGAGGAGUUCAACUCGCUGCCCUGCUACUACCACCACGGCUCCUUUGAAGAGGCGAGCAGGGAGCACAACAGAGAGAAAAACCGAUACCCCAACAUCUUACCAUAUGACCAUUCCAGGGUGAUUUUGAGUCACAUCGACGGACACUUGCCCUCGGACUACAUCAACGCAUCCUACAUCGACGGUUUUAAAGAGAAGAACAAAUUCAUUGCAGCCCAAGGCCCAAAGUUUGAGACAGUGGCUGACUUCUGGCGCAUGGUGUGGGAGCAGAAGGUGUCUACCAUAGUGAUGUUAACCAACCUAAAGGAGAGGAAGGAGGAUAAGUGCUACCAGUACUGGCCCGACCAGGGCUGCUGGAUGUAUGGGAACAUCAGAGUGGCGAUGGAGGACUUCACUGUGCUGGUGGACUACACCAUCAGGAAGUUCUGUGUUCAGUUUCAGGCGGGCGAGGGCACCAGAGCCCCUCGGCUGGUCACCCAGCUCCACUUCACCAGCUGGCCAGACUUCGGGGUGCCGUUCUCCCCCAUCGGCAUGCUGAAGUUCCUGAAGAAGGUGAAGACGGUGAACCCCUCCUACGCGGGGCCCGUGGUGGUGCACUGCAGUGCCGGCGUGGGUCGCACCGGGACCUUCAUCGUCAUCGACGGCAUGAUAGACAUGAUGCACGGGGAGCAGAUGGUGGACGUGUUCGGCUCCGUCAGCAGGAUACGAGAGCAGCGCUGCCAGCUCAUCCAGACGGACAUGCAGUACUCCUUCAUCUACCAGGCCCUGCUGGAGUACUACCUGUACGGGGACACGGAGCUGGACGUCUGCUCCCUGGAGGGCCACCUCCACCGGCUCCACAACACCCGGGCCCCCAACGACCGGCUGGGCCUGGAGGAGGAGUUCCGGAAACUGACCAAUGUGCGCAUCAUGAAGGAGAACAUGAGGACGGGGAACCUUCCAGCCAACAUGAAGAAGAACCGCGUUCUCCAGAUCAUUCCAUAUGACUUCAACAGAGUGAUCCUCCCGGUCAAGCGAGGCCAGGAGUUCACGGACUACAUCAACGCUUCCUUCAUCGACGGCUACAGGCAGAAGGACUACUUCAUCGCCACACAGGGCCCGCUGUCCCACACGGUGGAGGACUUCUGGAGGAUGAUGUGGGACUGGAGCUGUCACUCAAUCGUCAUGCUGACGGAGCUGAAGGAGAGAGAACAGGACAAGUGCUUCCAGUACUGGCCAUCAGAGGGCAGUGUAACAUUUGGUGACUACACCUUGGAGUUGAGAGCAGACACACUCUGUGACACUUUCACCCUGAAAGACAUGGUGCUCACUUAUAGACUGGAGAAGCACGCGCGCCACGUCAGACACUUCCACUUCCACGGCUGGCCGGAGAUAGGGAUCCCCGCGGAGGGCCGUGGCAUGAUAGACCUGGUCGCCUCCGUCCAGAGACAGCAGCAACAGUCCGGGAACCACCCCAUCAUCGUGCACUGCAGUGCGGGUGCGGGGCGCACCGGAACCUUCAUCGCGCUCAGCAACAUCCUGGAGAGGGUGAAGGCGGAGGGACUGCUGGACGUUUUCCAGACUGUCAAGAGCCUCCGCAUGCAGAGGCCUCACAUGGUCCAAACCAUGGAACAGUAUGACUUCUGCUAUAAAGUGGUUCAAGACUUUGUUGAAAUUUUCUCAGACUACGCCAACUUUAAAUAGACCCAUAUCUGCCAUAUCAAGGAUUUUUCUUUUGUUUUCAUAAGAUUGCUGUGAAAUGAACUUAUGCAAUUUUGUGAGAAUGUCAUUUUCUAUCGUGAGCGCUUUUUACACCGCCGUUAAACAAAUUGUAAAUACUAAAUGUCAAAAACAAAUUGUAAAUACUAAGUUUCUUUCUGAGCUUUUUUUUUCCAAGAAUGCUUAUUUGAAUGUAUUGUCUCAGUAGACUUUAGUUACGUUAAUAUUGCUAGCAUAAGUAGUUCACCAAGGUUGCCAGGUUGACUGACGUGUAUAAAUUAUAUUUUUUAGUGAAUAAGUAUAACUACCUGUUACUUAGUAAAGGACCUGCAUUCUGACUGCAUAAAGAAAGACAAUACCUAUAGAUAUAGAUAUAAAGAAAAUGCCAGCUUUUUCUAUAUGUUCAAAGACGACAUACGUUAUUUUCUUAUGUAUGCUUUUAUUUUGUUAUCGACCAUACAAUGCCUUUGGUGGCUCGAGGUCUUGUUGGUUUUGCCACCCAAACAUGUUUCUUUUUUUAUCUUAGGAUUUUUCGUUGUUUUUGGUUACUUUGUUUUAAAUUGUAUUUCGUGAAGCUUUUGAAUUAGUAAGAACACGCCGAACUAUAAAAAUGUUGUUUGACGAUGCCUUUCAAAACCAACUUAAUAUUCAAGUAACUGACAAGCAAAUGUUGAAAUUAGGUUUUGGCUCACGGCAAAGUAUUUAAAUUCUCUUCAGAAAAAAAAUACGUUCUUAACAUAUGUCAACAUUUACUGCUUGUCCUUUAAUUUGAUUUCAGUUUAGCACUAAGUUAAUUCCUAUUUAAUUGAUUAAAUUAAAAGACCUUCAAAAUAAAAAUACAAAGGACUGUUAUGAAUGAUGGGAUUUAAACACAAGCAUGUUCACAUGAAGUGGUGCCAUUUUGUGUAUUUAUUUUGUAUCGAUUAGAGAGACAAAUCUAAUCACUGAAUAACUGUCACCAGGUGACACAUAUGUUUGUUUGUUUCCUUUGUUGUAGUCAUUUUUUAAUUUCAGCUUGGAAAUGGGAUUGUUUAAUGUUAAAUUUUGAUUACAUUACCAAACAUCUUAUGAAGUUUUUAAGACACAUAACUUCAAAUAUUUAAAUUAUUGUACAAUUAACUUGAAUUUUUUUUUUAAAUCUUGCUCUGAGGAACGAUUUGAACAAGCUUUUUUCCAAGCUACGUGUCUUUUCAUUUGCUAUUUGUUUUUCAUUCGUCUAUUUAUUUCUGUAUGUAUUCAAUGGGUAUUAUUAUGAAUAGUUCAGCUUUCGAUUGUUAGAUUGGAGCCAUUUUGAUAAUUCUGUGCAAUCUUUAGUGUUAUUUAACCCUAAACCUAACUCUAACCCUAACUUAUGAAUGUUUUCCUUGAACAAUUAUUCUUUGGGAAUGAUUUGUGAUGGAUCGGAUUUGAUUCAUAGUGUACAGACUAAACAUCAUUGAGAUAAUAAGUGCAGUAAUAACGGGUGCCUGCGUGUGUGUGUGUGUGUGUGUGCGUGUGCGUGUGCGUGUGCGUGUGUGUGUGCGUGUGUGUGGUUGUGUGCGUGUGUGUGGUUGUGUGCGUGUGUGUGGCUAAGAAACAAUGAAUAAUUAUCAAGACCACAACUGGCAUUAUGAUAAUAUAGAAUAAGACUUCAUGUUUCAUAUUUCAUAAGACAUUCUUCUGUUUUGCCAAAUGAUGACUUGAAUAAAC